AUGCGUACAUGCGCUAUCCCAGCAUGGAGAAGAAGAAUUGAGGAACGUAUCGCAAAGGCUAGAGCUCUCAUCGGCAGACUGAUAUGCUUCAGAUCAGGCAACAACAGGCCAAGAAUUGUGCGCACCGUCAGGAUGGCGUUUGCUGGGACAAAUGUCAGUUUGUCCCAGCCGGAUAUAACGCAAAAACUGACGGAGCGCAUAGAUGAUCUGAAACAGAGAAUCGCUGCUUGGGGAAAGCGGAUUCGGCGAUAUACCGAGAGGUCGACACGGUUCAACCAGAAUCGUCUCUUCCAGAGUGAUCAGAAGAGGCUCUAUGAAUCAUUGGAGUAUGAAUCAAUGGUAAGUGGAACGGGUCCAGCACCGAAUCAGGCCGACACUGUAGCAUUCUGGCGCGGCCUGUGGUCAGAGCCCUUAAACCACAGCGAGGGCCCUUGGACGGAAGUUGUGGCGAGUCAGUGUGCGGGUAUUACGCCCAUGGACCCCUUCAUCAUAACGCCGGAUGACGUAGCUGAGGCGGUCCGUAGGGCCCCGAACUGGAAAAGUCCGCGGCUUGACGGGCUGCAUCACUACUGGCUGAAGGGGUUCAUGGUGUGUCACUCUGUGCUCGCCCGACAGUUUCAAGAGGCUCUCAACCAGAAGUUGCUCCCAAGCCUCUUCACUACUGGGAUCACUCAUUUGGUUCCUAAAGACCAGGUGCCCUGUGAUGGAAUUAAACUUGAGCUGUUAGGAGAAAGUAGACACAGUAUAGAAAAUAAAGAACAGCUCAAGACAAUUUUAAUUAAUGUGUAA